UUACCCCUUACGAAAAGCCAACCAAAGUCAACUUCCCCACCUAGAUUAGUACUAAGCUCUAACCUCCCUGUACACCCAAGCGAGCGCAUCCGUAUCCGAAAUGACCCAGGGAAAUUUCGAUAGUCUCAAGGCUGAAUCGGUGGAACUCGAGUUUUCUUGCUUGCCCCUCCCCCUUUUUUUUGACUUCGUUCCGGCCCCCUUUCCAGUUUUCCGGCACACGACGGAUGUCGCAGAAUCGACGACUACGUCCUUCCAGAAGCCUUCUUUGGAUCCAAUCGCCCGUUUCCGGUGGGGAGGAGUGAGUGGUUGUAUAUCGGGGAUUAGAUACCUAGCGAACCGGUUGGUUGGAGUUGGAAUUGGAUUGGUGUGGGUGGUUCCAGUCCUUUGUCAGGGAGUCUGUAUAUAUGGUUUUGGUUUUGGGUGUAUUUUUCCCCUUUAUUUGCUUUAUUUGCUUUAUUUUAUCUAUUUUUUUCCUUUUGUUUUUCUACGCAGGCCGAUUUCUGGAUUGCUUAGUAUGCUACUUAGUACUUACCUACCUAGGUACGCUAAGUUCUUCACGAGACGGUAUUUAGUAUGCUGUGAAACGUUAUGUAUGUACGUAGUAUUAUUAUUAGCAUACAUACAUGCGAAAAGGAAAAACUAUUGGGGGAGAGUGUGGGAAUACCUGCCCUAAGUCCGGAGUAAUGCAAUACGACUGAGAACAAAGAGCUGAACUGAACCCACCCUCAAUAUUGAGACCAGGUCAGCAUGGAGGGGAGAAAACUAUGCGCCGUGCCUAAUGGAAAAUAACAGGGUAUUGUUAAGAUACUGGGAUCUGGUUCAUUGUCGAG